AUGAUGGAAGGCAGGACAAUCGAUUACAGGCCGGACGGAGGCGGUCUUGAUUAUCACAAUUCGCCUUUGAUGGCCGAGAUUCCAAUAGACAAUUACUCUCACAUACACAGAAGUAUAGAACACCUAAGAUCUAUAGGUGUGCCACCUCCUUUAGACCACCAUAGACAUUUAGCGGCGAACAUAACAGACCUGAGAAGGUACGAACAUCCCGAUGAAAUACCAGAAAUCAAACCGCCACUUUUAAGACUGUCCGAGUUCAAAAGCGGACUCCACGAUAUAAGAGUUAAUAACGAUCAAGAGAACGAUGUUCAGAGACAGAUGACUCCUCAAGACGAUGGUGGUAAGGGGUACAGCGCGCCGUCUACACCUCUUUCGGAGAACGGCGGGCAUGGGGUUCAGGAGGAAAAGGAUGCGCAGAUUUGGGAUUUGAAAUUCGAGCAGGAUGUUGCUUCUGAGAGGGAUGUUGACCCGUCCCACGACCCGACAGCAGCCGCGCCUACGGCGGCACCGUUUGGUGAGCACCCGUACUGGCCUAAAGUGAGUCCGGACUCAGCAGCGCACAUGUCCGACGAUGGUGGGUACCACCAGCAACGUGAGAGCGACGAUCACCACGAGCAGCAGUUACAACAACAGCGGGCGUUGUUCUCUCAACACGAGAGCCAAGACGAUCGCAUACAGCCUCCCGUCUCGUCCGCUGCCAAUUCAGCGUUCACGCCGAUCAAUUCAAUGGCCCCGCAUCUCAAUGGGCUCUCCCAUCAUAGUGCUCUCCCCACUCGACCUUACCUAUACGAUCCCCUGCAUUUCCAACAAGGCAAACAGCAGCCGAAUUCCUUCCCCAACCAGCUCAUAUCGCUGCACCAGAUCAGGAAUUACGCUCACCAACCCUCUGCACUACUGCCGGCGGAACACAUUCUUCCACACGCCCUAUCUCACAAAGACAAACAGUAA